AUGGCUGCCUGCGGAGUCUUCAGGGGGGCAUCGCAUCAGCUGCGGGGUCCGCUGCCACAGGUGCCAUCGGGAAAAGUACUGCUGCUCUGGCCAUGUUCGGCGCGAGGCUGCCUUUCGCGGCGAAGCAGGAGCUUCGCCACACUGUCGCACCUCGAGUUUGACGCCGGGGGCGCACAGGAGAAGAAGACCGCCCUGGUCAUGCACGGCAUACUCGGCAACAAGGUCAACAUGAGAACCUUCUCGAAGAACCUCGCUGCCCGCAACCCGUCCUGGCGGUUCAUCCUGCUGGACCACCGAGGCCACGGCGGCAGCCCGAGCCCCGACCCCCCGCACACCGUCGAGGCCUGCGCCGCGGACGCCGUGGCGACGCUGUCGUCGCUGCAGCCCCGGCCAGCGGUGCGCCUCGUGAUCGGCCACAGCUUCGGCGGCAAGGUGGCCCUGGAGGUGGCGCGGCAGCUCCACGCGCGCGGCGGCCUGGACGCCCCGCUGCACGCCUGGGUGCUGGACUCCGUCCCCGGCCUCGUGCCCGAGGAUCAGGCGCGUCCUGAGUCUGUCUCCAGCGUCAUCGCGCAUGUCGGCGAUGUUCCGAUGCCCGUGAGGAGCAAGGAGCAUCUGCUGGAGGAGCUUGGGAAGAGGGGCAUCUCAAAGACGCUUGCCAACUGGAUGACGACCAACCUGCAGAGCGACGCCGCGAGCGGUGGCUACGUGUGGAAAUUCGACGUGCAGCUGAUCGACGCUCUCUUUCGGGCCUACAAGCGCGCAGACUACAUGCCAUUCCUGUCGAGCCUCCCAGCCAGGAUCUGCGUCAGGCUCGUGAUGGCCAGCAGGAGCCAGGGCUCGACCUAA